AUCGAUGCCCGUCGACAGGCUGUUGGAAAAAUGGUGGCUCCGACAGGUGCCUAUGCUGAUUCCGAUAUGUUCAAACUGCAGUGUUCCAGAUCAUCCGACAGGCCGGCAGCGAAGAGAUGGGACAAUCACCUAACCGAUGAAUGCCGAGCACGAGCUCCUGGAAUCUUGAAAGUAGCCGCCAGGUUUCUCAAGAGACCGGGAAUGAUUUCACUAGCUGGCGGUCUUCCUAGCCCCGACUAUUUCCCAUUCAGCUCUAUAAGUGCUACGAUUCCCGCGAUACCUGGUGCCGCCGAGAGCGACGUAUUCGAAGCCGAAUCCACCAUUGCAAUGGGACUACGCGACAUCGCCUCUGGAGACGCAGCUUUCGACCUCUCUGUUGCGUUAAACUACGGCCAAGCAGCAGGUUCAGCUCAGAUGAUCCGAUGGAUUACCGAGCACACAGAACUCGUCCAUAAACCUCUCUAUGCGGAUUGGGAUACUUGUCUAACGACCGGGAACACGGCAGGCAUCUACCAGGCGCUGCGAAUGCUAUGUGAUAAGAACAGGGGCGACUCGUGGAUGACAGAGGAGUAUUGUUAUGCUUCUGCCUUGGAGACUGCCCUUCCGAUGGGCAUCAAAACGGUUGGUAUCAAGAUGGAUGCCGAUGGCCCCAUACCAGAAGUCAUGGACGAGCUUCUCACCAACUGGGACGCUGCGAAAAAAGGAGCUCGAAAACCACAUGUCCUGUACACCGUGCCGACAGGGCAGAACCCGACAGGAUCAACCCAAAGCGCCGCUCGAAAAAGAGCGAUAUACAAAGCCUGUCAGAAGCACGACAUCUACAUCGUUGAAGACGAUCCUUAUUACUUUCUUCAGCUACCAUCCAACUCAAACUCCCAUCAAAACUCUUCAAAGCUUCCCAUCAACACAUUUCUCUCCAAUCUUCCCCCUUCGUUUCUCAGCAUCGACACCGACGGCCGCGUAAUGCGCAUCGACUCCUUCUCGAAAGUCAUCGUCCCCGGCGCAAGGAUGGGCUGGGUGACGGCCUCCGAGCAAAUGAUUGAGCGAUUCAUCCGGCACGCUGAAACAGCGAGUCAAGGGCCCAGCGGCUUCUCCCAGGCUCUCAUAUACAAGCUAGUUGACGAGAAAUGGGGCCACCAGGGAUUUCUGGACUGGCUGCAGCAUCUACAGGCAGAAUAUACUGGGAGGAGAGACGUGAUGCUGGCUGCGUUUGAGAAGUUUCUGCCCAAGUCGAUUGUCAGCUGGAAUUCUCCGAGUGCAGGCAUGUUUUGCUGGAUCAAAAUUAAGCACAGCUUGAGACCCAACGCCAAACUAUACUCUGCUCUCGACAUCGAGGAGGAAAUAUUCGCUGCGUGCCUCAAGAGGGGCGUCCUAAUAGCAAAGGGCUCCUGGUUCAGGGCCGAGCCGGAUUUGCCUCUGGACGACGUGUUUUUCCGCCUCACGUUUGCGGCGUCGAGUGCUGAGAACAUGGAAGUGGCCGUUCGAACGUUUGGAACGGCUCUUCGAAGUAUUUUUAAUCUGGCGUGAGCUUAACGCGCUGCAUACAGAGAUCAUGGUACGGAUUGACUAUGUUUUGAACGUGAACAAUUAGCCUG